AACGAGUCUGAUAUUAAUGAAACAUCUCUGUAAAGGGUUGAAGUGUCUUCCUGAAUCAUCAAUUUAUUAAUGAAGUAUGGCUUGUGUUGAACAAGAUAAGCUGGGUCAAGCAUUUGAAGAUGCUUUUGAGGUACUGAGGCAACAUUCAACUGGCGAUCUUCAGUACUCCCCAGAUUACAAAAACUACUUGACCUUCAUCAACCACUGUUCCCAUGCCAGAGGAAAUUCCAGCUGCUACGGCAUGCUGCCUCCAGAAGAACCUGUCUAUAACUGGAGAACAGUAAUAAACAGUGCUGCGGACCUCUAUUUUGAAGGAAACAUUCAUCAAUCUCUGCAGAACAUCCCUGAAAAUCAGCUGGUACAACCUCCUGUUCUCCAGCAAAAGGGAGGAAAAGGCAGGAAGAAGCUCCGACUGUUCGAAUACCUUCAUGAAUCCCUUUGUAAUCCCGAGAUGGCAUCUUGUAUCCAGUGGGUAGAUAAAACCAAAGGCAUCUUUCAGUUUGUAUCAAAAAACAAAGAAAAACUUGCCCAACUUUGGGGAAAAAGAAAAGGCAACCGGAAGACCAUGACUUACCAGAAAAUGGCCAGAGCACUGAGGAAUUACGGAAGAACUGGGGAAAUCACCAAAAUCCGGAGAAAACUAACUUACCAAUUCAAUGAGGCCAUUCUUCAAAGACUCUCUCCAUCUUAUCUCUUGGAAAAAGAGAUCUUCUACUCACAGUAUGUCCAACCUGAUCAAGCAUAUCUAAGUUUAAGUAAUUGGAAUGCAAAUUGUAAUUAUACAUAUGCCAAUUAUCAUGAGCUAAGUUACCCCGAUUGCUAA